CAGACCGGGUCGCCUGUAUCUGCCGGUUUCGUCGUCUGAGGCGGGCGGGUUAUGCGUUGGAUUCUCUGCACAAAGCCGCGGUGCGUCAAGUGGAUCCGCCCAUGGUUCUUCCGCAGCAAACCGCCAAUUUGCUGGAGGCCGAUGGCGCCGAGAGCUUUAUAUGCAAGCUUCAGUGCAGCGUCUCUGAUGGCCUUCCUCAUGCGACACCUGUUCCAGACCGGAUGACACAAGAGCAUGAAUUGGUUAAUGGUGUCUUUCAAGUGCUCCAAGGCUUUGACACGGCCUUGCUCUACUGGGACAAGGAUGCGCUGGGAUACUGUCAGAAAGCAGGGGUGUAUGUUUCGCACCUGUCACAUAUGAGCCUCAGAACUGUGCUCAAGCCUUUUCUGUUUGCUGCGACAUGCUUGAAGCAUGUGGAGUUAUUUGUUGGGAGGGUGAGAUCAUGUGGUCAUGGAACUCCGACGCUGAGUGCAUUCGCUAGUUCAGUCGAUUCUUGGCUAACGAGGCUCCGCAAAGCAGCUCUCAAGGAGGAAGAGCAGCUGUUUCUUUCGGUUGACAGGACUAUAACUCUGCUAGGAUUGACUGAUUCUAUGUCAAGUUUAUAUUCUGGAGCAGAACAUUUGUAUCAAGUUGUGCAAGGAUCUGUGCCUGAUGCCUUUUGGAGUUCUGGCGCGCAAAUGGCAUCUACUGAAGUGGCGGUUCAUGUUGUAACCCAUCUUUUUAAGAAGUUAAAUGAAGUCUGUCUUGUGGAAGAUGGCGAGGGUGAACCUUAUCAUAUGCUGUUAGUGAUAUUCACUGGAAGCUUGUUACCAUAUCUUCAGUGUCUUGAUUCCUGGCUCUAUGAUGGUAUUCUUGAUGACCCUUAUGAAGAGAUGUUCUUUUAUGCGAACAAGGAAGUUACAAUAGAUCAACCAGCAUUCUGGGAAAUGAGCUAUAUGCUCAGAGUACGAGGGCCACGAGCUGACAGUUCAUCAACUUUAGCUGGCAGUGAAUCUACCAGGAAAAAGGAAUUGAUGAGCCAGGAAGCAACUGCCACAGGAACCUUCUUGAAAUCUAGCAAUCAAGGGUCUGCAGAUAUAUUAUGCCCUGUUUUCUUGAAGGAUAUAGCAAGAGCCAUUUUAUCUGCUGGAAAAUCGUUUCAGCUUGUUCAGCAUGUUCAAGAUGCACAUCGGAUUCAAACUCGUGAAGUAAUACAUGAGUUCAAUGUUGAUCAGCAUGGCAAUUACAUUAGUCAACAGAAGUUUCAGCCAGAUACCUCAAGCUUAAGAAUUCAAGACAAGCAUCUAGCAUGUGAAGAAAUUAUUGAAGAAUCUACAGGUCAGUUUGGAAAUGAUCCUCGGAAAAUGGGUUUCUUAACAUUGUCUGAGAGCUUCUUGAUAUGCCUAUCUGGUCUGUUGGAAAAUGGUGUCCAUGUUGAUGAUUACUUAAGAAAUUUGUGUGCUGAUAAUGCUCCAGUUAACAAAAAGUUUGUGCAUAGUAAGAGUAGUGUGCAAGAAACAGAGGAGACAUGUGGAGAAAACAGCUCUGAGAAGACUUGGUUAAAGCUCCUAAGAGAGGCUACUUCAGGAAGGAAAUAUGAUGGUAUGGAAAAAACCUUAGCCAGAAAUGCUGUUAUGAGAGAUCCAACAUUUGUUCCUGGAGAUCAUCAAGAUGCAUCUUCCAUUGCAGUAGAAAGGCAUUUCAACCUAUCCUGCUAUGAAAACCCAGCAAUCAUUGCUUGUCAAGAAAUGUUACAGAAGAACAAAAACUCCUGGAGUGACUUAAAUAUUUCAAGAAGUUUCCAUCUUCCUCCACUGAAUGAUGAGAACAUGCGGAAGGCUAUAUUUGGUGAUAGAGACACUUCAGGAACUAGACCUGGUGAUACACAAUCUACAACAUAUCUCCCUAGACUAGAUGGAACUGAUUACAAGUUUGGUUUUCAGUUUGAUGAUUCAGAAUAUGCCCGUCAAGAGGAUGACAGGAGAACCUUGGAGGCACUCUAUACAUUCCCAACUCUUCUGCCAUGUGUAAAUGAAAAUGUCCCACUGUCAGAGAUCUUACCUUUGCAGAAGGAUAGCACACUUGCCUCAAGGGUUUUGAAGUUUAUUCAGAGCAUGAGUUUGAGGGAUCCUCUUCAACCAGUUGGUAUCAUCCAAGAAUGCCUUUCUAAAUGUAUAAAGAGACAGGUCGAUCACAUAGGCAAGCAAAUCUUGUCAAAGCUAAUGGGUGACUGGAGAUUAAUGGACGAACUCUUUGUUUUACGUGCUAUUUAUUUGCUAGGAUCAGGUGACAUGCUGCAGCAGUUUCUGGUAACAAUUUUUGAUAAGCUCGACAAAGGAAAUUCCUGGGAUGAUGAUUUCGAGUUGAACACUUUGCUGCAGGAAUCCAUAAGAAACUCAGCUGACAAAAUGCUCCUAAGUGCGCCAGAUUCUUUGGUUGUUUCGUUAGCAAAGCAUGACACACGCAAUGAUGAAGAAACUACAACUUCCAGGAAAGGUCGUGCACAAGGUUUUGGCAUCGAGGCACUUGAUGUGCUUAAUUUUACAUAUAAGGUGUCUUGGCCUCUCGAUCUGAUCGUCAAUACGGAGGCACUGAAGAAGUACAAUCAGGUCAUGGCGUUCUUGCUAAAGGUCAAGCGUGCAAAGUUUAUUUUGGACGAAACCCGAAAGUGGAUGUGGAAGGGUGGAGGCAGCACGGUGCAGAAUUUUAAACAGCAUUUAAUAGUAGAGCAGAAGCUCCUACAUUUUGUUGAUGCAUUUCAUCAAUACGUCAUGGACCGGGUAUACCAUAGUGCAUGGACUGAGCUUUGUGAUGGCAUGGCAUCUGCCACUACGCUGGAUGAAGUCAUGGAAGUUCAUGAUGCAUACCUCUCUUCUAUUCAGCGACAAUGCUUUGUAGCCUCUGAUAAGCUGUGGGCCCUCAUAGCUAGUCGAGUUAAGACGAUUCUCGGAUUGGCACUUGACUUUCACAACAUAGAACAAACUCUUGGUACUGGUGGUACUGCCCCAGCUGUCAAGGCAAGAUGCGAGAUGGAAGUGGACCGGAUCGAGAAGCAAUUUGAUGAGUGUGUUGUGUUUCUCCUCCGGAUCCUAUCAUUCAAGCUCAAUGUUGGUCACUUCCCGCAUUUGGCGGAUCUCGUUACGAGAAUCAACUACAAUCACUACUACAUGUCUGAUAGCGGAAGCUUCUCUGCCAUCCCUGGGCCCCGGCCACGGUAGCAGUCCUGCAGCGUUCAUAGGAUCGUAGGUGUUCCUCUUCAUUUUCUGCAGUGUUCAUAGGAUCGUAGGUGUUCCUCUUCUCCAUUUUAUGUGGAAUGUAUAUACUUGAUUUGUAAAUUGUAACAUGCCUGAUCAAUGCUUACAGAAUAUUUUAGGAU